CUUCCGUUACAUCGUUCAUACUUGAAUAAUGACAUUUUAUUUGCAGUGGACCCCCCCGAGGAGAUUAAAAUCAUAGAUCCUGAUCAUCUUGGCCGUCUGGAGAUUACAUGGACUCUACCGGCGAGUUUACGUAAAUUGAAAGACUGUCCUCAACUGUACAAGGUGGAAUACUUCAACGCUUAUUCGCAGAGAUGGGACAUUAUUCAGACCCCUCAGAGGACAUACAGCGCUCAGUUUGAUCUGAUGAAGGAAAUACGAGUUAGAGUGUACACCCUGCUGAGUGGACGCUGCACUAAUAACACUUGGAUCAAGAGUGGGAACUUCACGGAAUUGGUGCAGAAACCUCCAAGCCUAGGUCGUCACGGUAAUGCAGUCAAAGAUUUCGGGUGCGUGUUUCAUAACAUGGAGCGCAUGAUCUGCAAGUGGAGUAAAAAUCCUACAUCUCCAGCCAACUCACAGCUUUAUAUGUAUUACUGGUGAGCCAAUUUUAUUUUCCCUGGUGGAGGUA